AUCUUAUAAUGACUAUAUACAUGAAAUAGGAAACCCGUGCAGAAUUAGAGGCAAUACUAAUAAGAAUCAAUGGAUUAGUUUCUCUUGUAGUUGAUGUAGAACACCAGCGUGUUACAAUGCGUAGUUUAAGUUAUGUCACUGCGAAACAGAUCGCUGAAGCUAUACAGAAAAAUUCAGAAAACAUGGAAGCGAGAUUAGUGACAAGAAAUAAAUUCAAUCAAGAGUACCUUGUUAAAUUGGUCCAUACUGGAAACAACGACACUGAAGAUAUGCCAGAAUAUUUACCUGAGGAAGACGAGCAAGAAGACGAGAAAGAAGGUGUUGUCUCGUUACUUACUGGCUUAAGACAAGGUGCUUCAUCAUUGUACAAAUCCACUACCGAAUUUCUCCAAAAUUCAUUUUACUGGUAAAUUUUAAUAUCCUACGCGUAAUUCUUUCCUGUUCCAUUAUCAGCAAGCGAUUUAAUAAAAAUACAAAUUUUAAUUCUGUAAACAGAUAUUUUUAUUUUUAAUUCAAAUAAUUUUUACUAAUGAGCUGAUAAUACGAUCUUACACGAUUCAUUAAGUUAUGUCUGAAGUUACUUAGUUUUCAAUGUAUCUAUUAUUACACUUAUAAAUGCUAAUUAUGAAGAACCAUUUUAAAGAAAGACGAAAUAUUUAAUGGCAAUGCCGGUGUAUAACUUUAGUUUUUGUUAUAUUUGAUAGUAUCUAUAAUAGUAAGAUCUGAUGUCAAUAUUUUAUGUUUUCUUUUGACAUAUAUCUGUUUUGUGUUAAAACUUGUAAUUAAACAGAGUGAUAUGAUCACUCUUUCAAUCGGUUUCAAGUUCUAUAACAGAAUAAAAAGAGGCAUUGUAUUUAUUACUUACUGAAUGUAAAUUAACUGUUCAGGUCUUGUACAAAAUAUACAUAUACAUGUACCAUAUAUACGAAGGUAGGAUUCCUACUACAUGAAACAGUUUCUUUCGACUAAUAUUUCAUUACCAUACAUUAUUUAAUUGACAUGUAUGUAUGAAAAGAACUGAUCUAUUUCAUUGUAUUUAGAAUAAUCUUUUGCUAGUAUAUUAUAUUAUUAAAAAUAGGCUGUGCAAACAUUUAUUGUAUUAUUUUCUCUUGACAAAACCAAAGUAUCGAACAAUUUGUAUGUUAUUAAGGUCUGUAAUUAAACAGAAUAUACUGAUUACUGUAAA